AUGGCUGGGAGGGGAAAGCCAUUUUUUUCUGCUUUCUUUUCAGGUCUCAUCAGGAGAGGAGGCUGGGAGCUGAUGGUCCAGGGCGGGUCCACUAAGCAGUUUUCGGCGGACAAUAAUCAACAGAGCAGAACAAGACCGACACGGAGACGCACCACAACGGCACCACACGCCGUAGCCGUGGCUGGGGAGGGGGCAGGAAGCUCCACCCAGUCUGCAUGGGAUACGAGUAAACAGGACCUCCUCGUCCAGGCCGUCACCCUGGAUUUUGAAGCCAGAGUCCCGGUUCCCUUCAGCAUCUUCCCGUCUUCCUACAAGGGAGACAAGACCAACCAGGCUUCUGCCACCACUGAGGUCCAGACCCACGAGGAAGUCAGCUUCCAUCUCCCCACUACCGAACGGCCCGGACGGGAAGGUCAGCUCUCUUCUUUUGUCGACGAGUCCAGCAGCCGCUACACCGAGCGUGUUUCUGAGCCCAAGUACGAGGAAGAAGAGGUCCGCGUUACUCGUGAAGAGGAGCAUUACCACCGUCCUGGUGUCCGCCGUCGUGAAGACCGCCAUCGCAAGACUUUCUCCGACACUACAGUAGCCGUUCGUCGCGACCUGUACACGUCUCCCAUCGACGCAGCUGAACGCCAAUACCGUUCUCGCUACCAGCCCAACUACAACGAAGACGUUCGUUCGCACACCAACCCUGCUGCCGAGUUCGAACACUCCGGUCGCACCCACAGUCCUCGUCGCUCCCACGCCGUCGAGACCGUCACCACAGUAGACACUCCCAUCCGGACGUCUGCUUCUCACACCGAGCUCGCUCUCACCAAGUUCGUCGAUACCAAGGUCGUCAAACCGAAAACCGCCAAGAUGGGCUACUACGAUGAAGACACUGAGCACCAGAAGCUCGAGGUUGCCGAGAUGCGGUCGUCCUCUGUUGGCGCUCGCCGCAGUCCCUCCCCCGUUGAGGGUGGCGGUGCUCUGCCGCCCAACACGGUGACCAUCCCGUGCCACCACAUCCGCAUUGGUGACAUCCUGAUGCUCCAGGGCCGCCCGUGUCAGGUGAUCCGCAUCUCCACCUCGGCUGCCACUGGCCAGCACCGUUACCUCGGUGUGGACCUGUUCACCAAGAAGCUGCACGAGGAGUCCUCGUUUGUCACGAGCCCGGCCCCGAGCGUCGUCGUUCAGACCAUGCUCGGCCCUAUCCUGAAGCAAUACCGCGUCCUGGACCUGCAGGACGGCAACGUCGUCGCCAUGACCGAGACCGGCGAUGUCAAGCAGGACCUGCCCGUCAUUGACCAGUCCAACCUCUGGACUCGCCUGACCCGCGCUUUCGAGUCUGGCCGCGGCUCUGUCCGCGUCCUGGUCGUCAGCGACCACGGCCGCGAGCUCUGCGUCGACCUCAAGGUUGUGCACGGUGUCAGCCUGUAA